CUUCCUGACCUGUUCAACAACAUCAUCACGACCCUCCCUUGGACUCUUCUUUGCUUCACCUGCCACAACAAGACCUGUUUCGCAGUCUUGGGAUCUUUGAUACUGUGCUUGCCAGCGCGAGCACGUGUAUCCGCACUAAUUCUGACAGGAGAUUUGAUGCAGGUAGGUUCGUAACAUCCUCUGGCGAUGGCAAAGAAGAAGGCCUCCAAGGCCGCGGCCACUGGCACUGCCAUGGCCCCAAAAGGCGCAAAAGAUGCGCGAGCCGCAGGUCCUUUGAAAAGGAUGUCUGCUGGUAAGGCGGAGCGUCGACAUAAAAAGGAAGAGAUGCGCAGGAAGGAGAGGAGAGAGAAGGCCAAAAUCUCAGCCGCCGAGUGGGCUGCAGCCCCUCCCUCGCAUCUUGUCGCAAGGUUGGAUAUGCCCAAGGUCAAAUCAAAGUAUCAAUCCUAUUUUGAAUUUGCGGAAAAUACAGAGAAGAAGGAGAAGAAGCUCGAGGUUCAGGUAGGUGCUUGUCAUUGGCUCGCAACUUUAGUUGAUAAUUAUCUAGAUCACUACUGAUCCCCGACCACCCCCUGGGUUUUGGUUUGUUCCAUUUGGAGACCCGGUGAUGACGAACGCGUGUAAAGAGCUUUCCAGGGAACGAGGGGCUAUGAUAUUUGUUGUUUCCGUACGUGGAGUCUCGUGAACGACUUGGUGUGUCGACCUAACAAUAUACCUAGGAGAGGCAACGAGAGGCUUCAAAAAUUUCAGCCGAAGUACAUCGAAUCGGAUACCACUUUCGCGAGACGAUAGUGGACGAAGCUCGAGAAGUCGUUGGUGAAACCGUCCUUACCCGAUCAAAUGUUCGCCCUGGGGCAAUCGAACCUAUUCCAGAAUCGCAAGAUGAAAUAAACAAGCAGGCAGAUCUAGCACUUCGUGACCUUUUUCCGCGAAUUCCAAAUACAGAUAGACAGCAGAUUAUCGAGCACGCGUUCCAAAAGGUAAACCUCGCAUCACUGCUUUUCGUACAAUUAUUAACAUUCAGUAGGGAAAAGGUUUUCAUGGUGAGCCAACCGUGGGUCUGCAACGCGAUCUUUCCCUUUCACGGCGUGUCCAACUCGCUGCACUCGCCCAUAUUCGACACACUCAUACCAGAUAUGACCUUCUCCUCAGAGAGACGAGCUGGGUGAACGCUCGAAAAUUAGUGGAGAGUGUUUGCCUUGACAUCAUCGCUAAAUGGCGCGGUGAUGAGGAAACUGGACGAGACCAACUGGAUGAGAUUCUUCGCGAAGUAGUCGUCAUUACCGACUCCGAAGAUGAAGAUGAUGAUAGCUCUGAUGACGAGACUACUGAUGAAGAAGACGCCAAAAUCAGUGAUCCUGUAUCUAUGACAGCCCCUACACCUACCACUGGGGUAUUUCGCACUCAGCCCCUACCGCCGCCGAUCAACAAUCCAUCACCAUCCCAAAACAAUGCAGGUCAAAAUCCUUCGGGCGCUAUAUCGUCUCGUACACGCUCUAAGAUGCAGCCAAAGGUUCGUGCAGAUAUCACAAGCCAACGAGGAUUUAGUCGUUACCGGGCGGCUUGGGACGAGGCCUUGGACAGGCAGCGUUCUGAUCAGCUCAUGUCAACUCGACCCAUAGAUUCGCCAGUAUAUGAUGUGUCUAGUAAAGGUGUUAGAUUCGUGGCCCCAAUUCCCCCUCAUAUAUCUCAACAUAGAACAUCAGGAUCACAACCCGCCAGUAAGCAGACAGAUUAUAGCAGCAUGAAUCAGCGAAAUUAUGAGACGAAUACGGCAAUGCAACCGGUAAGUGUAAAUUGAUCGCGGCUGAUCACAAUCCUUUUCCAUAAUUGAAAUGACUCUACUAAUAUACCUAGGCUCCCUACUAUCACCGAGAACAUAGUAGGGUUUCAGGCACUUUGAGCCACUCAAACCAGGUAACGGUGAGACAUCAAACUGAUCAACGCAUGAACCAUGAUUUUCAACCUCGCUUUGGUACCCCAUUGCGACCAAACGACCAAAGGCCAGUAUUUGUGAGAGGAUCUUCGCAGAAAACCGGUCUUCAGGACAUGCUCGUGCCUUCCAUUGAGACAGUGUCCAACGAUCCCGUUCAUCCAUCAGUUCGCUCGGAUGAAAGACGUGUUGUCCAUGAAUCUUUUGAACAUCUUCAAGAAUCAUAUCCUCGACCAGUGAUGGAGGUUCGAAGACCGUCUCCACAACGACGGCAAGUAAUCAUUCUUGACGAUGAUAGCCCCCAGUAUAAACGUCAGCGUGUUCAUGAGGAUGAAUCCGGUCGUUUUAGGCCUCAUCCGUCUUUUGAUUAUACUUCCUCAACUGUGCCGUCUACAGAUUCUCGUUUAUUGCCAUCAUCCUCCGUUCAGACAAGACCUUUCUUUACUCGAGAUUCUUCAAUUCAUGCUGGCUCUAGUCAAGGUUUGUCUGGUAAUGCAAGUUAUUUUCAUAGCCCAGCCGGAGAAAGGAUUCCAAUAUACGACGCACUCGAAUCAGGUUCCUUGGGCCUUCCCUCUGAACAAUAUAGGAGACCAGAGGUAUAUGACCCACGUCAGCUGGAUGAUAGAGUUGUCACUCAAUAUAAACCUGUUUCCCAGGCUGCCUACAGUCAUGAGGGUGAGCGUGUAUAUCAUCGUCAGCCUGUUGACCAUGUAUGGACUCGGCGUAGCCCUGAGAAUGGUGAUCACAACCGUGGAUACAAACAAGCCGAACCAGAUUAUCGUUUCAUCCGUCCACAAGGACCUCAAUCCCCCAGCUUUCCUGUCUCUGGCAGAAUUUCUCGUUCUUUUGAUGUUGCGCGUCAGUCUAUAGACCAAGGUCUCGUUCAUGAUUUUUCUCAAUCUCGGCUUGAAGGUCCAGUACAUACUGCAGAUCGUUUCAGUAAUGCUCCUGAAAGAUCUCGCCAAGUUCAAGGCAGCCAAAGCAACCUCUCGCGCGGUUAUGAAGAACAUGUUUCUAGACCAUUUCAACCCCCACCACAAGCUCGAGCAAGGUCUCCUGCGUCAUACGUGGAAAGACCUAUGUAAGAGCAGUCGUUCAAUUUUACCGCCAUUGGAUUCGCUAACCAGAGCACUUUCAGUUACGAUCACGAUUCUAAUCAACACCCGGUGAUGUACGAACAAUACCGUUCGGACCAGGAUCACCAUAUACCUAAUCAUCAAGUUCCAAUACUUGUUCAUGAUCGGAGUAUGGAACCACGCCCCGUUUAUCGAUUUCGCCCGGUACAACCUCAACGACAGGUGAUUGUCCUUGAAUGAUUGCAAGCCCAAGAUGUAUGUGGUCUUGCAAGUGAGGCAAUACUCUGCAGGGACUGUUUUUUAUCAUUGUUCCUACCAGGCUGGAAUAUUUCUCUUCAUGGCCUCUCGUGUAUAGAGCACCAGGAGGACCCCUUUUGGCGGGUAGUAAUUUUUGUAUGUUUGUUCUGGAAGAGAGUACCCGGUAGCGUGGGUUCAACCUGUGAGGGGGUGACGGACGGGACUUACGAUUAGAGUUUUACGUUGCAUUGCAUAUAAGGAGCAUACUGUAGCAUUUUCGGAGUCUGAAAAGCGGAGUUUGGCUUCUUGGGGAGAUACCCGUCAUUCUUGGAUUGCAUUGGGCUUUGAAGGGAAAGAUUAAUGUGAUGAUGGCAUGAUGGGUUGUAGCAUUAGCUCCCCAAAACUCUGCGAAUACCAAACCUUCUUAUAAGAAAA